AUAAUGAAACUGCUGUUUACACACUAAUGCCAAUGGUUAUGGCUGACCAGCACAGGUCUGUUUCAGAGCUACUGUCCAAUUCAAAAUUUGAUGUGAAUUAUGCAUUUGGACGUGUGAAGAGGAGCUUGCUUCAUAUUGCAGCAAACUGUGGAUCUGUCGAGUGUCUAGUUCUGUUGUUAAAAAAGGGAGCAAAUCCUAACUACCAGGAUAUUUCGGGAUGUACACCCCUUCAUUUGGCAGCUAGAAAUGGGCAGAAGAAAUGUAUGAGCAAGCUCUUAGAAUAUAGUGCAGAUGUCAACAUUUGUAAUAAUGAAGGUCUGACUGCAAUUCACUGGCUUGCUGUCAAUGGCCGAACAGAGCUACUUCAUGAUCUUGUACAGCAUGUCAAUAAUGUAGAUGUUGAAGAUGCAAUGGGACAGACAGCACUUCACGUGGCUUGCCAGAAUGGUCACAAGACGACAGUACAGUGUUUAUUAGACAGUGGUGCAGAUAUUAACAGGCCAAACGUGUCAGGAGCAACUCCACUCUAUUUUGCUUGCAGCCAUGGUCAAAGAGACACUGCACAAAUACUUUUGAUGAGAGGAGCCAAAUACUUACCAGACAAAAAUGGAGUUUCACCACUGGAUCUCUGUGUACAGGGUGGAUAUGGAGAGACUUGUGAAGUUUUAAUACAGCAUCAUCCUAGACUCUUCCAGACAAUUAUUCAAAUGACACAGAAUGAAGUUCUUCGAGAAAACAUGUUGCGGCAAGUUCUAGAACAUUUGUCCCAGCAAAGUGAAAGUCAGUAUCUUAAGAUCCUAACAAGCCUUGCUGAAGUUGCUACAACAAAUGGUCACAAACUACUUAGCUUGUCAAGUAACUAUGAAGCUCAAAUGAAGAGUCUCUUAAGGAUCGUGAGGAUAUUUUGUCAUGUCUUUCGCAUUGGCCCAUCCUCUCCCAGUAAUGGAAAUGACAUGGGCUACAAUGGAAAUAAAACCCCAAGAAGUCAGGUGUUCAAGGUCAGAAAAGUAUAUGACGUUGUUAGGAAGAUAGACGUUAAAGAGAUGAAUUUCACAAAGCAUGCAUUCAUUAAUCAGACAUCACAUGAACAGGAACCCCUGGAAUUACUCUGGCACUCAUUAGAUGAAUGGCUAGUUCUAAUAGCUACAGAAUUGAUGAAAAACAAAAAGGACUCUGCCAACAUUACUUCCAUUUUACUAAAGCAGAAAGGGCCAAACCAGCAGGAUGCUACUCUUAAGCCUGCCUUUAAUGCUGCAGGAACUGAGAGGAGAGAAAAGCUGCCUACUGACACAGGAGAUUCUAAAGCAUAUGAUGUUGCCAAGAAGCAGGAAGCUUGUGCGGAUUGCCAGGAUGUUAUCUCAGUGACAGCAAACAGGCUGAGUGCUGUCAUUCAAGCGUUUUAUAUGUGCUGCUCCUGUCAGAUGCCUCAGGGGAUGACAUCACCUCGUUUUAUAGAAUUUGUCUGCAAACAUGACAAUGUUCUUAAGUGCUUUGUUAACCGAAACCCCAAAAUAAUUUUUGACCACUUUCAUUUUCUUCUUGAGUGCCCUGAACUGAUGUCCAGAUUCAUGCACAUCAUAAAAGCACAGCCCUUCAAAGAUCGCUGUGAGUGGUUCUAUGAACAUUUGCAUUCUGGACAACCAGAUUCUGAUAUGGUGCACAGACCCGUCAAUGAAAAUGACAUCCUGUUGGUACAUAGAGAUUCUAUUUUUAGGAGUAGUUGUGAAGUUGUGUCUAAAGCAAAUUGUGCAAAACUAAAGCAGGGGAUUGCUGUGCGUUUCCAUGGUGAAGAAGGCAUGGGUCAAGGAGUGGUUCGUGAAUGGUUUGAUAUCUUAUCCAAUGAGAUAGUUAAUCCAGAUUAUGCAUUGUUCACCCAGUCAGCUGAUGGAACAACUUUCCAGCCAAACAGCAACUCUUCUGUAAAUCCCGAUCACUUGAACUACUUUCGAUUUGCUGGACAGAUCCUGGGUUUAGCUCUGAAUCACAGGCAGCUGGUCAACAUCUACUUCACAAGGUCAUUCUACAAGCAUAUUCUUGGUAUUCCUGUAAAUUAUCAGGACGUGGCAUCUAUUGAUCCAGAAUAUGCAAAGAACUUGCAGUGGAUUUUAGAUAAUGAUAUCAGUGAUCUUGGUCUAGAACUGACUUUCUCUGUCGAGACUGAUGUGUUUGGAGCAAUGGAAGAAGUGCCUUUGAAACCAGGGGGUGCGAGUAUUCUUGUUACACAAGACAACAAAUUCUCCUGUAAGAACGAUGCAGUCUUUAACCCUUGGCUUGCAGCUGUCUUCACUUACUACUUAAAUCAGGUUUGUUUGUUUUUUAAAAAAACUAUUAUGGCUUUCUUCUUUGGGGUUGUGGCUUUUGGGCAUCUAGACAAGUAUUCUUAAACCAUUCCAGACCCGGGCAUGUUGAAGAUAAGACUUUUUUCUUACCAAAGGUGUCUCGAUUCCCAUCAAGAGAGAGGGAUUUCCUCAACUUGGUUUAGUCCACCAGACAGUGGUGCCCUAGGAUGAGAGGAGUCGUGGUUAAAGAUAUAUUUAACUAAUUACUCAUCUCAUUCUUAUGUUACUACCGCUUUUAGUUUAAAAAGAGAAUUUCUUUCAAUUUUGAAGCGACUACCUGUUCUUGCAGAAAAAAGUAUAAGGGAUUUCUCUUAAAUUAGGCAGACUUUCAAAAUAGAGAUUUUAAAAAUGUCACUUUUGAUAUCUACUUAUAGUAGAACCUCCAGAGUUUUGAGCAACUCGGGAAUGGGUGUUUAUAACUCUGAACAAAUGUUGUUGUGAACUUUUGAAAGAACCACAAAGGACCAUUGUGUUAAUUCAGUUUAGAAAAAUUCUGCUUUUAACUAGGGAUGUAGGUGACUAGUCGACCACCCAAUAAGCCUAGGCUUAUCGUGUAGUUGAGUCACUACUUGACUAGUCAUUUCCCUUGCUUCCCCCUUGCUAUCUCUGAGGCAGUUUCCCCCAGCAUUGACUCUGCGGGGAGGCAGGGCAGGGGGAGGCAGAGGCACAGCAGGGAAACAGUCCCCGCAUGCACCGGUCCUGACUGCUGCACCUAUGCCUUUUAAAUGCAGCAAGAGCCCUGCUGGCUUUUAUUACAUUUAAAACGUAGAGGCACAGUGAGGAUAGCAAGUGCGCCCUCCCCAUCAACUACUCAAUUAGCUGAUUAAUCAAAAUUUAACAUCCGUGCUGUUAACCAUCUUAACUGAAGUGAAACAAGCACAAAAAUAGUUUCCUUACCUUGUCAAACUUUUUAAAACUUUCUCUUUAUUUGUAAUAGCUUACAGUACAUUAUUGUAUUAAAUAUAUUUGAUUUUUUUGCAUGUCUUCUGCUUCUUGAUUGCUUAUUUCCCGUUCCAGAUGAGGUGUUUAGUUGACCAGUUUAUAACUCUGUUGCUCAUAACUUUGAGUUUCUACUGUAUCUCCUUAGUAUAAAUGGGGAUCUGGAAGCAGAGAGGUUAGUUGAUUCUUCAAGAACCCAAUAUUUAGAUUCUGUGAUGAUGGCACAUGUAAUGAAUAAUGACUCUCCAUUUACCCUGGUCUGGUAAGGAUGUGUGUUAUAAUCUGUUAGCACAUGAUGGAUUCCACAUCCACACAGAAGUAUUCCCUGAUGAAAUUUUUAUGACCUCUUUUUAUUUAUAAAUGUACAUAGAUUACCUAAAUCCUCAAAGACAGUAAUUCAGUUAAUCUGCAUGGUAUGUGGUCUUAGAAAUGCAUUUUUUAAAGUAAUUAGAAAUCAUACAUCACUGGGAGUCAAAGAUGAUUAACUUUGUUUUGAGAAAUCGUGGCUUAAGUUUCAAUUCUGAAGUAGAAAAAUGACUUCAGUCAGUAAAGAGAAGGUGUUAAAAGACUUACCUGAUAUGCAUCAAGAUAAGCUGGAAUGGACUGGCAAGCUUUGCACAAGCACGUGAUGCUGUGUUCAUGGUCCAGGCAAUUUAAAGCUGGAAGAGGCUGUCUUUCUACUCCUAUUUGAAAGACCCUUUCCAUAUUAGUAGGGCUGUGUCUAGACUGGCCAGUUUUUCCAGAACAUCAGCCGCUUUUCCGGAAAAAC